AUGGCGCGAUCACUCGCCACCGCCGUCCUCGCCCUCGCGGCCCUCGCCACCGCCUCCUCCGACCUCACGAGUGCCUCCGACGACACCCCCCUCCCCGUCGUCAUCUGGCACGGCCUCGGCGACACCUUUUCCGGCGAGGGCAUCCAGGCCGUGGCCGCGCUUGCCGACGCCGUGCACCCGGGCACGUUUGUGCACGCCAUCUCCCUGGCCGACGACGACGCCAGCGCCGACCGGUCCGCGACCUUUUUCGGCAACGUGUCGGCCCAGGUCGACGCCGUGUGCGCGCAGCUCGCGGCGCACCCGAUCCUGUCGAGCGCGCCCGCCGUCGACGCCCUCGGCUUCUCCCAGGGCGGCCAGUUCCUGCGCGCCUACGUCGAGCGCUGCAACGCGCCCCCCGUCCGCAGCCUCGUCACCUUUGGCAGCCAGCACAACGGCAUCGCCCAGUUCCGCGCCUGCGCGCCCACCGACUUCCUGUGCCAAGGCGCCAUGGCCCUGCUGCGCUUCAACACCUGGAGCGCCUUUGUCCAGGGCCGCCUCGUCCCCGCCCAGUACUUUCGCGACCCCGCCGACCUGGACGCCUACCUCGAGGGCUCGCGCUUCCUCGCCGACAUCAACAACGAGCGCGAGGAGAAGAAUGCUGGCUACAAGGCCAACCUGGCCGUCCUGACCAAGUUUGUCAUGUUCCUCUUUGAAGACGACACCAUGGUCCACCCGCCCGAGUCGUCGUGGUUUGGCGAGGUCACCGAGGCCGGCAGCGUGCCGCUGCGCGACCGCCCCAUCUACAAGGAGGACUGGCUGGGCCUCCGCGCCCUCGACGAAAAGGGCGCGCUCGUGUUCCGCUCCAUUACGGCGGACCACAUGCAAAUUCCGGAAAAGGUCCUCAACGAGACCUUUCGAGACUUUUUCGGCCCGUGGAAGCGCGCGUUUCCCUCGCACCGCCACGAGCAGCCCAAGUUAUACAGUCACGAUAGCUCCGCCAACCUGGAACUCUAG